AGAAUAACAUUUUAAACAAGGUUACCCUUGGCCCAGUGAACACUAGCCUGAGAGGGUGAGAUGGAAGCCCCAAUGCAUCUUAGUCCUCACGUGUUUUUAUGGUGGGAACGUCUGCCCUCUCUGGGUAUGAUGCUGGUGUUUAAAGACAUAUUUUUCUCACAGAGCAGGAAAUGUCCCAGACAUAGCAGAGACGGUUCACAUGCUGGGGGACGAAAAAAGGAAGAAAGAAAAACAAGGCAUACCCACUACAAGAACUUAUCUGUUAGGGAAGUUUUAGGACAUGGGUUCAAAUCCUAGCUCUGCAGCUAACCAACUUGGGUACUUGAGUCAAGUCACUGUAAUCUGUUGGCAGGUGUGUCUGCCCGUCUUUAUAGGGUUACCCUGAGCGGCACCCGCCUGGCUCAGUCCGUAGAGCAUGAGACUCCUGAUUUUGGAGAGUUCAAGCCCCACAUUUUGGCGUAGAGCUUACUUAAAAAAAAAAAAAAUUAAAAAAAUAUAUAGGGUUACCCCGAGGCUUAAAUGAGGUAACAAAUGUAAUGUGCCCAUAAGGUAGACAAUAACAGUUCGUGUUACUUCAGCCAAUACCCCUCUGCUUCCUCAGAACCUCGAACCAAUGGAUUCCAUCCACCGCAGGCCAGGGGCUGCGCAGGACCACCAGGCACAUGAAGAGGCGAGGCGGCAUGCCAGUAGCAUUUCCGAUGUUCCAGGCUCACACGUCACAUGGAGAUGGGCGGCAAGAAGUUACCUCUCGCACUGGGCGCUCUGGGGCUCGGUGUAGAAACUCUAUAGCUUCCUGUGCUGACGAACAGCCUCACAUCGGAAACUACAGACUGUUGAAAACAAUCGGCAAGGGGAAUUUUGCAAAAGUGAAAUUGGCAAGACACAUCCUUACAGGCAGAGAGGUUGCAAUAAAAAUAAUUGACAAAACUCAGUUGAAUCCAACAAGUCUACAAAAGCUCUUCAGAGAAGUAAGAAUAAUGAAGAUUUUAAAUCAUCCAAACAUAGUGAAGUUGUUCGAAGUCAUUGAAACUGACAAAACGCUCUACCUAAUCAUGGAGUAUGCAAGUGGAGGUGAAGUGUUUGACUAUUUGGUCGCACAUGGAAGAAUGAAGGAAAAAGAAGCAAGAGCUAAAUUUAGACAGAUCGUAUCUGCAGUCCAGUACUGCCACCAAAAACGGAUUGUUCACAGAGACCUCAAGGCCGAAAAUCUAUUGUUAGAUGCUGAUAUGAACAUUAAAAUAGCUGACUUUGGUUUUAGCAAUGAAUUUACUGUUGGCAGUAAACUGGAUACGUUUUGUGGCAGUCCUCCAUAUGCAGCCCCAGAGCUCUUCCAGGGCAAGAAAUACGACGGGCCGGAAGUGGACGUGUGGAGCCUUGGCGUAAUUCUCUACACUCUAGUCAGCGGGUCACUCCCCUUUGAUGGACAGAACCUAAAGGAACUGAGAGAAAGAGUAUUAAGAGGGAAAUACAGAAUCCCUUUCUACAUGUCCACAGACUGUGAAAACCUUCUCAAACGUUUCCUGGUGCUAAAUCCAAUAAAACGAGGCACUCUAGAGCAAAUCAUGAAGGACAGAUGGAUCAAUGCAGGGCAUGAAGAAGAUGAACUUAAACCAUUUGUUGAACCCGAACUAGACAUCUCAGACCAGAAAAGAAUAGAUAUUAUGGUGGGAAUGGGAUAUUCACAAGAAGAAAUUCAAGAAUCUCUUAGUAAAAUGAAAUACGAUGAGAUCACAGCUACAUAUUUGCUAUUGGGGAGAAAAUCUUCAGAGCUGGAUGCUAGUGACUCCAGUUCUAGCAGCAAUCUUUCACUUGCUAAGGUUAGGCCAAGCAGUGACCUCAACAGCGGGACUGGCCAGUCUCCUCACCACAAGGUGCAGAGAAGUGUUUCUUCCAGCCAGAAGCAGAGGCGGUACAGCGACCAUGCUGGACCAGCUAUUCCUUCAGUUGUGGCAUAUCCGAAAAGGAGUCAGACCAGCACUGCAGAUAGUGACCUCAAAGAAGAUGGAAUUCCUUCCCGGAAAUCAAGCGGAAGUGCUGUUGGAGGAAAGGGAAUUGCUCCAGCCAGUCCCAUGCUUGGGAACGCAAGUAAUCCCAAUAAGGCCGAUAUUCCUGAACGCAAGAAAAGCUCUACUGUCCCUAGUAGUAAUACAGCAUCUGGUGGAAUGACACGGCGAAAUACAUAUGUUUGCAGUGAAAGAACUACAGCUGAUAGACAUUCAGUAAUUCAGAAUGGGAAAGAAAACAGUGCUAUUCCUGAUCCGAGGACUCCAGUCGCUUCAACACACAGCGUCAGCAGUGCAGCCACCCCAGACCGACUCCGCUUCCCGCGGGGCACAGCCAGUCGCAGCACUUUCCACGGCCAGCCCCGAGAGCGGCGGACCGCCACGUAUAACGGCCCGCCCGCCUCACCCAGCCUGUCCCACGAAGCCACACCGUUGUCACAGACUCGAAGCCGAGGCUCCACUAACCUUUUUAGUAAAUUAACUUCAAAACUCACAAGGAGAAACAUGUCAUUCAGGUUUAUCAAAAGGCUUCCAACUGAAUAUGAGAGGAACGGGAGAUAUGAGGGCUCAAGUCGCAACGUAUCUGCCGAGCAAAAGGAUGAAAACAAAGAAGCAAAACCUCGCUCCCUCCGCUUUACCUGGAGCAUGAAAACCACUAGUUCCAUGGAUCCCAAUGACAUGAUGCGGGAAAUCCGCAAAGUGCUGGAUGCCAAUAACUGCGACUAUGAGCAGAGAGAGCGCUUCUUACUCUUCUGUGUCCACGGUGACGGGCACGCAGAGAACCUCGUGCAGUGGGAGAUGGAGGUGUGCAAGCUGCCAAGACUGUCUCUGAACGGGGUCCGGUUUAAGCGGAUAUCAGGGACAUCCAUAGCUUUCAAAAAUAUUGCUUCCAAAAUUGCCAAUGAGCUGAAGCUGUAACCCAGUAAUUACGGUGUAAAUUAAGUAGCAAUUUAAAGUGUUUUCCUGAACACUGAUGGAAAUGUAUAGAAUAAUAUUUAGGUAAUAACGUCUGCAUCUUCUAAAUCAUGAUAUUAAAAUAUAAGGACGAGAGCACGCCUGGGAGCGGAAGCUGGCCUUUUUUCUACGAAUGCACUACAUUAAAGAUGUGUGACAUGC